UACUGCUAUUAGUUGAAGCGCGCAAUUUCCGUUCAAGAUGGCCGAUAAAAGUAUGCCUAUUUCUGUUCCAUCGGAAAAGCCUUUAAAACUUGUGAAAUGGAAAGUUAAGGAAGGUGCUUUUGUUUCGCAUGGUCAAAUUUUAUUUUUGUACAGCGAUUCGUCGGGUGAUAGUGGUGAAAUAAAGAAAUAUAAAGUGGCACGCGCUGGCACUAUUGUGUCCAUCAAGGUGAGGGAAGGAGACAUUGCAGAUCCUGGAAGCUGUAUAGCAGACCUAGAAGAAUGUCGCCAUCCGACGGUGAUGAAAGAAAUGUGCGCAGAGUGCGGUGCCGAUUUACGCGCCGACGAGAUACAAAAACACGACGUUGCGGUCGUGCCUAUGGUACACUCAGUACCUGAAUUGAAGGUUUCUGAAGAGUUAGCUCGGAAACUAGGCAGAGAGGAUGCUGACCGCCUCCUGAAGGAUCGCAAGCUGGUGCUCCUUGUGGACCUCGACCAGACCCUGGUGCACACCACCAACGAUAACAUACCUCCUAACUUGAAGGGUGUCUUACACUUCUUCCUAAGAGGUCCAGGGAACCAAGGCAGAUGGUGUCACACGAGGCUAAGACCUAAAACUGAGGAAUUCCUGGAGUCAGCCUCAAAGAACUAUGAGCUGCAUGUAUGCACGUUUGGUGCGAGGCAGUAUGCGCAUGCAAUUGCUGAGCUAUUGGACCCUCAGAAAAAAUAUUUCUCGCAUAGAAUACUAUCCAGGGAUGAGUGUUUUGACGCUAGGACUAAAUCUGCAAAUUUGAAAGCACUAUUCCCUUGUGGUGACAACAUGGUCUGCAUAAUAGAUGACAGGGAAGAUGUGUGGAGGCACGCUUCAAAUCUGAUUCACGUCAGGCCCUACUCAUUCUUCCAGUCCACCGGAGACAUCAAUGCACCUCCACCUUUGCCUGAAGAGAAACCAAGAUUUCCGCGCGGCAAAAACGGUUCACAAGUACCAAUAAGUAAACAAAUGCCCAACUUAGAUGCAGAACCAGAAAAAGAUAUCAAGGAUACAAAAGAUAAAGAACAGAUCGAUGAUAAAGAUAAACCAAUUGAAGGUAGUAAUGGGAUAGUUUUAAGUGAUAAAUUGGGAAGUGAAAGUGAAAAACCAGAAGUGUUAGAUGAUAAAAGUGAAAGUGAACAGGUUGAUAAGCUUUUGGAGCCUCCGCCGUGUGUUUGGAUUGAGACUGCGGACGGACAAAUAGAAGUUGAUGACGCUGAUGAUUAUUUAAUAUAUCUGGAGGAUAUAUUGAAAAGGAUACACAAACAAUUCUACGACAUAUAUGAUGGUAUGGGCCAGCAUCAAAUACCGGAUCUCAAAUUUAUAAUACCGGAAGUGAAGAGCAAAGUCCUGGCGGGAUCCAGCUUGGUGUUCAGUGGUUUAGUGCCGACGCACCAACGAUUGGAAACCUCUAGAGCCUACCAAGUAGCUAAGAGUCUGGGCGCAGAGGUUACCCAGGACUACACUGAGAAAACCACGCAUUUGGUUGCGGUUAGAUCAGGUACAGCAAAAGUGAACGCGAGUAGAAAAAUGGGUGAAGGCAAGAGCAAUAAGUUGCACGUAGUAACGCCAGAGUGGCUGUGGACGUGCGCCGAGCGCUGGGAACGAGUCGACGAGAGGCUCUACCCUCUGCAGAGAGUGGGACAGAGCAGCGCGCGUCGGCCGCCCGCGCACUGCAGCAGCCCGCCGCCGCCGCAGCCGCGCCGCCGCACGCCAUCCGGCCGCUUCAUGGACUCGCUCAACCCGCUGCUGUCCUUCUCCAGCGACGACAUCGCUGAUAUGGACCGGGAGGUGGAAGAUAUUUUCAAUGAAUCGGAUGAAAGUUCAUCAGAUGAUGAGAAGAAACCUACAGAUGAUCUUGAUGAUGAAGAGAAUAUUUCUGAAGACCGGUUACUGGCUUUAGAGACAAGUUACAGUUCACAAGAUAGGUUAAAAGAAAACGAAGAGGACAAUGAUUCGAGUAAUUCAGACACAGAAGAUGGACAGAGACCACGGAAGAGGCCCAGGCCCGCAACGCCGCCCUCCGACGAUGAUGUUCCGCCCGACGACGAUGAUAGCUCAUGGAACCUCAUGGGAGCUGCGCUCGAAAGAGAGUUCCUUGCGCAGGACUGAUGCAACACCAUACCAUCCCAUUGUACAAAAUACCUCUCUGUGUUAAUAAAAUGUUCUUUGAAUUUA